UGGCACUAUUAAACGUCGUAUUGACAAAUUAAUAUAACCUAAAAAAACGAUUCUAAAACGAUUAUUUAUAAUAAAAAAAGAAAUUAAUCGUUUAGGGAUGGCUGCUCCUCCCCAAGCAUUGGUUAAUCGUAACAAGAAGCAUUUUUUGGGAGUUCCCGCCCCUUUAGGUUACGUCGCUGGAGUUGGUAGAGGAGCUACAGGAUUUACCACACGAUCUGAUAUUGGCCCCGCGCGGGACGCCAACGACGUUUCGGAUGAUAGACAUGCUCCCCCUGCUGCUAAACGGCCAAAAAAGAAGGAAGAGGAGGAAGAGCAACAAGAUGAGGAAGACUUAAAUGAUUCCAAUUAUGAUGAGUUUACGGGAUAUGGGGGAUCGUUAUUCUCAAAAGAUCCGUAUGAUAAAGACGAUGCGGAAGCUGAUGCUAUUUAUGAAGCUAUUGAUAAGCGGAUGGAUGAGAAGCGGAAAGAGUAUAGAGAAAAGCGGUUAAGGGAGGAAUUGGAAAAAUACAGACAAGAAAGGCCGAAAAUACAACAACAAUUUUCGGAUUUAAAACGAGAAUUGGGACAAGUUUCUGAAGACGAGUGGAAAAAUGUGCCGGAAGUUGGAGAUGCAAGAAAUCGAAAGCAACGGAAUCCUAGGGCGGAAAAAUUUACUCCGCUUCCCGAUAGCGUUUUAACAAGAAAUUUAGGGGGGGAAUCAUCGAAUUCGUUAGAUCCUACCUCCGGAUUAGCAAGUAUGAUGCCGGGGGUUGCUACACCAGGGAUGUUAACACCAACUGGUGAUAUGGAUUUACGUAAAAUCGGACAAGCUAGGAAUACAUUAAUGGAUGUGAAAUUAUCGCAAGUUUCUGAUUCAGUAACCGGUCAAACAGUUGUUGAUCCGAAAGGGUAUUUAACCGAUUUACAAUCGAUGAUACCAACCUAUGGUGGUGAUAUCAACGAUAUUAAAAAAGCCCGUUUAUUAUUAAAAUCAGUUCGUGAAACAAACCCAAAUCAUCCACCGGCAUGGAUUGCAAGCGCUCGUCUCGAAGAAAUCACUGGAAAAGUGCAAGCAGCUCGUAAUUUAAUUAUGAAAGGUUGCGAAGAGAACCAACAAAGCGAAGAUUUAUGGUUGGAAGCUGCUCGACUUCAACCUCCGGAUACCGCAAAAGCUGUAAUCGCUCAAGCAGCCCGACACAUCCCAACCUCCGUUCGAAUCUGGAUUAAAGCCGCCGAUUUAGAAACGGAAACGAAAGCGAAAAGACGCGUUUUUCGAAAAGCAUUGGAACAUAUCCCGAAUUCCGUUCGCCUUUGGAAAGCCGCUGUUGAAUUAGAAAACCCGGAGGACGCUAGAAUUUUACUUUCACGCGCCGUAGAGUGUUGUAGCACCUCCGUGGAGUUGUGGUUAGCUUUAGCCAGAUUAGAAACGUACGAAAACGCGCGAAAAGUGCUAAACAAAGCCCGCGAAAACAUCCCAACUGAUAAACAAAUUUGGACCACCGCGGCUAAGCUCGAAGAGGCCAACGGAAACACUGCGAUGGUUGAGAAAAUCAUCGAAAGGGCUUUAACCUCGUUAAGUUCAAACGGCGUCGAGAUUAAUCGCGAACAUUGGUUUAAAGAAGCGAUUGAAAGCGAAAAAGGAGGCCAUAUUUAUUGUUGUCGAGCGAUUGUUAAGGCGAUUAUUACACAAGGAGUUGAAAACGAGGAUCAAAAACACACUUGGAUGGAAGAUGCCGAGAAUUGUAUAUCGCAAGGUGCUUACGAAUGUGCCCGCUCCGUUUAUAACUACGCAUUAGCAACAUUCCCCGGGAAAAAAUCGAUAUGGUUAAGAGCCGCUUAUUUAGAAAAAAAUCAUGGUACUCGAGAAAGCUUAGAAAGUUUAUUACAAAGAGCGGUGGCUCACUGCCCUAAAAGCGAAGUUUUGUGGCUAAUGGGGGCUAAAAGUAAAUGGUUAGCCGGUGACGUCCCCGCAGCCCGCGGAAUCUUAUCUUUAGCUUUCCAAGCUAACCCAAACAGCGAAGAAAUUUGGCUGGCAGCCGUAAAAUUAGAAUCGGAAAACCACGAAUACGAACGCGCCCGGAGACUUUUAGCGAAAGCUCGGGGUUCGGCCCCGACCCCAAGAGUUAUGAUGAAAAGUGCAAAAUUAGAGUGGUCUUUAAACGAUCUCGUGGCUGCUUUAAAUCUUUUAGAUGAAGCAUUAAAAGUAUUCCCCGAUUUCCCCAAAUUAUGGAUGAUGUACGGACAGAUUUACGAACAAAAAGAUGAUUUUCAAAAAGCUUUCGAUGCUUAUAAUGCGGGUAUUAAAAAGUGCCCCAACGCCAUCCCGCUUUGGUUACUUUUAUCGAAAUUAGAAGAAAAAAGGAAUUUGUUAAUCAAAGCUAGAUCGGUUCUAGAAAGAGCUCGGCUUAAAAACCCCAAAAACGAUCAAAUUUGGCUCGAAGCGAUCAGAAUCGAAUUACGAGCCGGCUUAAAAGAUAUUGCUUUAGCUAUGUUGGCAAAAGCACUUCAAGAAUGCCCCAAUUCUGGGAUUUUAUGGGCGGAAUCAAUUUUUUUGGAGGCAAGACCCCAAAGAAAAACUAAAUCGGUUGAUGCAUUAAAAAAAUGCGAACAUGACCCUCACGUUCUCUUAGCGGUGAGUAAACUGUUUUGGGCCGAAAGGAAAAUAGGGAAAUGUCGAGAAUGGUUUGGGAGGACGUUAAAAAUUGAGCCCGAUUUCGGUGAUGCUUGGGCUUAUUGGUUCCGUUUCGAACAACUUCAUGGUACUCCCGAGCAACAAGAAGACGUUAAACAGAAAUGUUUAACCGCGGAACCCCACCACGGAGAAUUAUGGUGUUCGAUAUCAAAAAAUAUUAAAAAUUGGGCUUUUAGCAUGGAACAGAUUUUAAUCGCUUGCGCUAAAGAAGUUGUCGUUCCCGUUUAAUUAAUUUUUGUAUAGAUUUAGGAAAUAAAUGUUUAAAAAUUAA